AUGAAUCGAAGUAUAAAGUCAUAUUUUCCAUGGCUGGACCAAAAGAAGCAAGUACGUUAGCCCCCACCAAGCAAUAUAAUCUGUCGAAACUGCAUGACUAUGAAAUUAUUGUAUUUGUUCUAUUCUGCACAAGAAAGUGCAGGAAAUUGCGUUUCUGAAUUCUGAGUCUCAAUUUGUCAAAUUUCCAAAGGGGGCAUAUCACCAGACUUUUCCUGGGGGGGGGGCAAAAUGUGAUUUCGUGGGGGGGGGGACUGGGAGGCAUUUGCCCCCCAGCUCGUAUGUUAAAAAGGCCAUGAUACAAUAUACAACAUUGUCCAGUGCAUGUGCACUGUGGGAUAUAGCAGGUUUUAAAUUGAGAUUGUCCAAAAGUAAAUGCUGUAAAUUGUUGAACACAAAAUUUGACCACUGAGUGGAAUUUACUGAAAAUAUGAUGUAAAGGCAGCAGGUGCAAUCAUGUUGUUUUUUUCUAGGGUUCCUUACAUUCUGCACAAGAGGUUAAGAAAUGGAUUCCAAGCAUUAAAAAAGAAUUAGAUUAUUGUCUUGAGGUUAAUAUUCUAACUCGUAAAACUGUUGAUCGGUAAUGCAUCAGUCAAAUCCAAGUGUUCUGGGCUUUUGACAAUUUUUGAAGUAUGUGUUUAAUUCAAGGAGCGGGGUACCCUGGUUCCAGAGGCUCUUUGCGAGGCGAAAGAAACGAGAGGCGAGAAUGGAGAGUCUCUGGUCACAUCGAUUGCAAAUCCCACUUCCACACUUGAUUAGGUUCAGAAUUUGAAUCUCUCAUGUGAUUGCAGGCCAUUUGGCCAUCUGUAAAAAUAUGUCAAACCGGUUUGGGGAAUAAAUAUUACUGUAAGCUAAUUAUAGCCUGUAUUAAAAUAUUCUAUUAAACUCAACCAAGCAUGAAUAUUAAUACUCCUGUGAGAGUGAGACGGUAUCAAAUUUCUAAGGAGAUAAACAUAUUAAUAUUAAUCAGUUUUGCAGGACAUGUAAUACAUGUUUGGUUGAGUUUAAUAAUUAAUAGAAUAUUUUAAUAAACGCUAUAAUUAGCUUACAUGUUUAUUUUUGACAUAUUUUUACAAAUGGCCAAUCACAUGCGAGAUUCAAAUUCUGAACCUAAUCAAGUGUGGAAGUGGGAUUUGCAGUCGAUGUGACCAGAGGCUCUCCGUUCUCGCCUCUCGUUUCUUUCGCCUCGCAAGGAGCCUCUGGAACCACGGUAGGAGCGGGGAUGAAAUGCAUGUGAAAAUGCUCUGCAGUGGGGCAGAAGAUCAUCAGCAAACACUCUACCCCGGGACAACUGAAAUCUAAGAAAAGUUUUUGAAACAGGGGUAUUCCACUUCACAAACAAUCUAACUGUAUGUUUGAAUGUCUUGAAAUAAUAAGCCUUGUCUGCGACGAUGUUGCAUCGGGUUACUCAUCUAGUUAUUCUCUUCUAAUGUUUAUUACUUUAUUUGUGAAUUUCCAAAGUUCGUUUCGAAGUUCGUUCCGAUGAUUUAUGAAGCUCUGUAAGUUAAAAGAGCCAGCCAAUCCAUUAGCUUACUAUUGAAUAAUCGAAACGAACGUCGGAACUUUGACUUUGCAACGAGCAUUCCAAAGUUACAAAUAAACAUUCGAAGUAUUAUUUCAAAAGCAUGCAAGUUAACUUUUAAAGCAAAUUGAGGUUUUUAAAAUGGAAUAUUGAUUUCAAAUGCCCCACCCACGGGCAAAGGUUUGCGUGCAAAUGCUUCUCCCCAAGAACGUCCUACACGAGCUAGUAGACAGAUUUAGAUCGAGGACGCGUACGUCAAAGACGACGUGAAAAUGGCGUGUUGUGCCCAUGUAUGGAUAUGCCGCGCCAUUUUCACGUCGUCUUUGACGUCAGCGUCCUCGAUCUAAAUCUGUCUAAUGCCCCGUGGUGGCCUGAGGAGGGAUAAGCACGCUUAAUUGGAUUUGACUAAUGCAUAAAGUCUGGUUUUAGAUGGAGAAAAUAUAAUGCAUAUGCAUAUUAAUCAGUCCUCUGGCAUUAGACAAAAUGCAACACUAAAGCCCCGUUUACACUACGCUCAAUUUUUGGUACGGCACAGAUAAAAUUGGUACCCGUACCACUUUUUUGGUUCUUGGACUACCUAUUUAGGUAGUCCAAGAACCAAAAAGUGGUACGGUAUCAAAAAUUGAGCGUAGUGUAAACGGAGCUUAAGUGAGCAACAGUUGAUGCUUAAUACUUUUACCAUUACAUAUAGUAGCUCGUAUAGUAAGAUUAGAAGUAUCUUACUGCAUGUGUACGAUUGUGCAAUUUACUUUCAAGACCACAGUUAUUUUGCAAUAAAUUUUGAUUUCCGGUAAAAAUUAAAAAUACAUCAUACAAUAAACCAUUAUUGAAGACGAAGUUUUUACCUGGGAUAAUUCGCUUCAUAUUUUCUUCAUAUUUUUCACACAUUUGUUUAUUUGCAGCAAUUAUCUGGAGCACGGCAACAUCAAUACCCUGAAAGAAAGGUCAAGGAAUUUGAAGAAAAAGUUCAACUUCUUGAGAAAGAAUACAAGAGGUUGUAUAACUAUUCUUAUUGUUUCUUAUACAGCCACUUUUUGUACUAUAUAACUAAUAUAUUACCGGGUGUUAUAAAGAUUUUAUUUUCCAUAUAGGUUUGUGCAAAAGGUAUUUGAACUUGAUCCUCAAACAUCUGGAAUACCAUGGCAACCCCGUGGAUACGUCAGCAAACGAAAGGCUGCAGAAAUGGUCAGUUUUGUUCUGAAAGGAAAAACAACUAUUAUUAUAUAUUCAAUUAUAUUUGAGAAAUUCUACAUUACUGCUGUAUAUAAGUAUCACUGCUGCAGCAAUGUUAAGGAUAAUAGUGAGCUUAAGCAAACAACGUUUUUGACAACACGAACUGCAUGAGUAACGUCAGAAGACUGGGUCAAUGGCUGUGAUUGGUGCAAAACGUCAACUUUACUUCCGGUCGACGUCCGUGUUGUCAAAAACGUCACUUGCUUUAGCUCACUAUUGUCAUUCUUAUACAGACGCCCUGGCCCUGGGGCAGGUUGUAUAAAAAAGUAUAGUUAAGGUUAACUACAGUUCGUUCAAAAGUUAACCAAUCAGAAUCGCGUAUUGAAAGAUAACUAGUAAUGUUAAUUAAACAUCCAAUGUUUUUUCACUUUUCAUUUUGUUUUUAGAGUACAGAUAAAGGAAAUGUACAAUCAAAAGGUUCAGUAUCCAAUGUUAUGCUUCAAUUUGAUAGUUUUCUAUUUAACCACUUAGUGUCUUAGUAAGAUGUUUUUCUUAUAUUCAAGUGCAUGAACUACAGUUAUAUUAACUUCCUAGCUUUAAAAGGUUGGUCAUAUAAGCUCGAUGCACAAAAUACGUUUAUAAUGGCGUUGCCAACCCGAAUUUUCCAAUUGAUAACGAUAUUCUUCUGAAUAUACUUUAGUUGAGCAGAUAACAAAGAAGAAAAUCUGCACGCCAUUGAUGGAUAAAGAGAGGAAGCAAGAGACAAACUAG